GAACGAAUAAAAAGUUGAGAGUUUGUCUGUAUGCGUUAAAAAUGUGAAAUGGUAUGUCUACUCACCAGCCUUGUUUUAUAACUGUUAAGUAGCCUAUUGCCUUACUAUUGCGCAUUGCAGAGCUCUGUGAAAUUCUUCAUGUCGCAUAGUCUGCGGUACCAUGUUGUUAGUCCGCAGAUCCGAACUAAAAAUAGAAUAGGCCUACCACGUUUUACUCGCUUGCGUAAAAGUUUAACAAAUGAGUAGUCGUUCAUGAAGACCUCGCCCACUUUUCGGAUUUGAUCAAGUUGGAUGCCAGUGACGCAAACAUAAACGUAGCCUUGAGUUUAUGGCUCGUGUGAGCUUGAGCGCUGGAGCACUUUUUCCCCGUUGUAAGUUUACAAUAUAGCGAACCCGCCAUCUGUUUAAAGUUAAAUCACGUUAAAACACAGCCUGCAAUAAUUAGGCUACAACUUCAAUAACUAAACUGAAGUAAUAAAACCUAUCAAUUUGAUCAUAGAAUUCAUAGAGUGUAUAAUCAGAAAACCGUACUAACGGAGUAUCGCACCCCUCUAUUAUGUAUGCAAGUCCUAAAACAUACUACAGAAGUCAGGUUGAUGUUAAAUGCAUAUAAAAUAUCCGGACAAAAAAAAUCUGAGCUAACAUUCGUGGAAAAAAUGGCAGUUGUUUCCUCAACUGUAAGACUUCUUUGCUUAGUCUAAACCUGGGCAUCCUCCCAAACGAACGACAGAUGAGGAUCUAUACAUAUUCCCGUGGGACAAGUUUAUUAAUCAGGCGCGAACGAAUGCGUCCCAAACACGCAGGCUCGAGCUGGCGUGUGACACGAGCCAACGUCUUCGCUUGUUGCCCCUUUAAAAAUCAGAAUUCAAGGCCAAUGAUUUAUCAAACUCCUAUUAUCAAGAAAAUGUCACGCGAAGGGCACCUUGCUAUGCACUGACGCAAACCCGAUCUUUCCCACAGAGAUAUAGAAAGCUUUGCACUUAGCAGAGCCAAAUUCAGUCUGCCGCCAGUCUUUACAGCAGUUUUUUUCUGCCUUUGACUUGUAUAGCCUACCUGCACUCUUCACAAAUGGAUUUCUCCGAUCAAAAAGAUAUGUUGAGACAACCUGCGAACAGUCCCGCCGGUUUUGGCUCACCUCAUCAGCCGGAAGGGGCGGUUGGAGUUACAACUAACAAGCCGGAGAAUGGUCUACCUUCCGAUACGCAUUCGGCACCACCGCCGGUAAAUGAACGGAAAACUUUCUGUCCAACAGAAAAUAAACCUGGAGAAACGGAUUCCAAUAAAGUAUAUGGGACGUUUAAAAACGCGGCACCGGCGGUGCCUGUUAAUUCUGCACUCCCCAAGGAUUCUGCUGGUACCGCGCCUCAGACGGAUGGUACAACCGUUCACGGGAAAGCUAUGUCCGACGCAAUGGCUAAUCAAGGUGCCAUGAGAAGCACAGUGGAGCAAAACAAUGCCACUGGCAAUUGGACAACUAUGAGCCAGACCACCAUCAUACUGGGCACAGAUGGCAAUACGUCUGUUCUGCCUGGCACUGUAUCCGGGGAGAAUGACGAUGAUGACGAAAGUGGAGAUGAGAAUAAGGUCAGAGGGAACUGGACUAAUAAAUUGGAUUUCAUCCUGUCCAUGGUUGGCUAUGCAGUGGGCUUGGGGAAUGUGUGGAGAUUUCCCUACCUUGCCUUCCAGAAUGGAGGAGGUGCUUUUUUGAUACCAUACCUGACAAUGUUGGGCAUCGCUGGAAUUCCGAUAUUUUUAAUGGAAGUUGUACUAGGUCAGUUUUCCAGCCAAGGCCCUGUGUCUGUAUGGAAAGCCAUCCCAGCGCUGCAAGGUUGCGGGAUUGCCAUGUUGAUAAUAUCUGUCUUGAUAGCCAUAUACUAUAAUAUUAUAAUGUGCUGGACACUGUACUACCUGUUCGCUUCGUUGAAGGGCUCACUACCCUGGGCUAACUGUAGGAAUGAUUGGAACACAAUGGACUGUAAAGACAAAGACAUGCUUCUCCUGGAUACGUGUAUCCUUCGGGAUAGGAACAUAACAUCUAUAAAGAAUUCCACGUUCUGCCUGUCUGCUAAUGCCGCUGGCAACCUUACCAGACUUUUAAACAUGACUUUGACAUCAAAUGAAACCAAAACAUAUGUUAGUCCCAGCGAGGAAUACUUCAAAUACAAUGUGCUGCGCAUUUCCAAAGGAAUUGAAUAUCCGGGUGACAUUCGCUGGCCUUUGGCCUUGUGCCUAUUCAUGGCCUGGGUCAUUGUUUACGGAUCUCUGGCUAAAGGAAUUAAGUCAUCCGGGAAGGUGGUGUAUUUCACUGCCACUUUCCCCUAUGUGGUUCUGGUCAUCCUCCUUUUCCGAGGGAUCACUCUGCCCGGCGCGUUUGAUGGAAUCCUCUACUUCAUCACGCCCAAGUGGGAGAAGCUCAACGAUGCGAAGGUGUGGAAGGAUGCUGCAACCCAGAUUUUCUUCUCGUUGUCUGCAGCCUGGGGUGGACUCAUCACACUCUCCUCCUACAACAAGUUCCAUAAUAACUGCUACAGGGACACCAUCAUAGUGACCUGUACCAACAGUGCCACAAGUAUAUUUGCAGGCUUCGUCAUCUUCUCGGUCAUUGGCUUCAUGGCCCACGAGCUGAAGGUGCCCAUAGACAAGGUGGCUGAUGAAGGUCCUGGUAUAGCCUUUGUGGUGUACCCAGAAGCCCUCACCAGACUGCCUCUGUCCCCAUUCUGGGCCAUCAUCUUCUUUCUUAUGCUGCUCACGCUGGGACUGGAUACUAUGUUUGCCACCAUAGAGACCAUCGUAACAUCCGUGUCCGAUGAGUUCCCCAAGUACCUGCGCAAGCACAAGCCUCUGUUCACGCUGGUGUGCUGCGUCUGCUUCUUCUUCCUGGGAUUCCCCAUGAUAACAGAGAGUGGAAUGUAUAUGCUGCAGCUAGUGGACACCUUUGCUGCCUCUUACUCUCUGGUUAUCAUUGCCAUAUGUGAGCUGCUUGGGAUUUCAUACUUAUAUGGCUUACAGAGGUUUUGUGAAGACAUUGAAAUGAUGAUUGGGUUCCAGCCAAACAAGUUUUGGAGGAUCUGCUGGGCUUUUGUCACUCCAACCAUUCUGACAUUCAUCCUGGGAAUCAGCCUGUUCCAGUGGAAGGGGAUGACUUAUGAGGACUACAAAUACCCCCCCUGGUCCAUGGUGAUGGGCUGGCUCAUGGUCAUCUGUUCUGUGAUCUGGAUCCCCAUCAUGUUCGCCAUUAAAAUGCACCUGGCCCCCGGAUCUUUCAGUGAGAGAUUGAAGCUGGUGUGCUCUCCGCAGCCCGACUGGGGCCCCUUCCUGCUCAAGCACCGCGGUGAGCGCUACAAGAACAUGAUCGACCCACUGGGCACCAACUCCCUGGGCCUCAAGCUCCCUCCCAAGGACCUCCAAAUGUCCACCCAGUACCAGUAACGCCGACCCCCCCACCCCCCCCCCCCCCCCUCCCCACCAGCCACCCUCCACCCUGCUGCGCUCCAUUUGGGAUUAUGGGUGAGAGCUAGAUAGCCCACACCCCAUUUUCUCUUCCCCUCACUCCCCUCGUGGAGCGCCUCGGCCUCCCUUUACACAGGCACAAUGAUCACACCAGAGUCCUCUAACAGGCAGGGCUGUUUCUCACCGAGGCAAUAUGAGCCAUCACCAGAGGUGGCAGCUGAGACUGCACACCCAAUAUUCGGCUGCAGAGACAGUCAGCUGCCGAGUUUUUGUCUGUUUUUGUUUGUUGUUUUUUUGUGUGUAUGUGUGUGUGUUUUUAUUGUCUUCUUUUGUCUGUGCAUGAGUGAUAAGGAAACCGCCCACUGAUACAUUGUCAAACUGAACGCUGACAGACAGGCAAGUGGUGGUGUUUAUCCCAUGCCAAACAGAUGGGGAGAUUCGAUAGUAUUCCACCUCGGAUUUGGCAAAUAUAGAUCCAGUAGACACAGAGUAUGCAGUUAAUACUGGUUUAUUUUUAUGGCAAACAUUAGCUAUGUACCUAUAUCAUAUCCUCUGAUAUAUAUAACGUGCCUCUGGACUCCUCCUAUACAUAUGCUAUAUUGCAUAGUGCUAAUUGUUUUUCUAUAGUAUCUCUCUUCCUUGUUGGAGAAAUGGGUACGUUUCUCUCUGUCUGCCAGGGGUAAUAUGCUGUGUUCUGUCUCUCUCUACUUGUUUAUGAGCUAUCAGAGAAAAAAGCACACUGUUAGCAUAGCAAGCACUAGCGCUAGCAUUGAUCCAUUCUUUAAGGCAAAUACAUGCACAGGUGACCAUACAACGUUGUAGGCAGUUUUAAAUGUUUAAAGUAAUUAUCUGUAGCCAAGUAGCAUUUGUGCAUUAAUGUAUACACAGAAGUUAUUGCUUAAAAAUAUAUACUGUGAUCUCAUCAUCCAAUCUAUCAAUUCCUGAUAUGCGCAGCUUGAAAUCAGAAAAAAUAACUAUAUAUAUAUAUGUAUAUGAGUGAUGUGAGAUAUGUAUGACAAACCAUUUUUCUUGUCAGCUGUUAUAGCUGUUUCUUGGAAAGUGUAGACUUUUAAAAAAAGAGUUAUGUGUGUUGACGUAGUGUGUGCUAGUGAUGUUGAAUCCCAGCCAUGUAAUGAGCAGUUGCUAAAGGUUAGUUGAGUAGAGUAGAAUAGAAUUAGGUAUUAGAAUCAAUUUAGUUUUGUCUGAAAUCCUGUGGUAGAGGUAUGGGGACCACUUCUCCACUUGAACUCUUUAUCUCUUGUAAUAUGUAUCUUCAUGCAACAGGGUCUCAGGUAUACUUGAUUUAAUUGGCCUUAUUUUCAUAGUUGUACAAUAGACAUCAAUAUUUGGGAACCUGGUUGUGCCUCCAGGUCCUCUUAAAUCUGAAGAGUCAAACCACAAAAAAGCUGAGAUCUGAGAUGUAACUAUGAAUCUAUGUAAUGUCUGUGUGUAUCUGAAAAUAUCACCCAAAUAUGUUAUUUGUUUAGACAAAAGAUAUCAGUAAUGGUUGUCUAUAUAUAUAGCAAAGCUCCUUACCCUUUAAUCUUUUAAAACUGGUGGGAAGAUGGUUUCAAAGCAUUCAGAAAUCUUACAGUAUGCACCAGAAGACUAUAUAUGGGAGUUGCAAUAACGGCUCAGUUUCUGGUUGUUGUGGUUGUGGUUGUGAUUACUGUGAACAAAAGGAAGGCUCUCUCUGUUUGUUUGGCCUUGGGCAUUUGUGGUCGGUCUCUGGUCUGUGAGCUGACAUCAUCCCACACCAAUCACAGGGAGCAUCCCCUCCAUUCCGAAGCAAUCUGAAUGAUUUGUUUAAACAGCAGACAAGGCAAAUGAGCUUUCCCUCACAAAACGUAAACAGGUCUUGAUUAAAAUGGCCCACUGUUGAUUCAUGGGACCCUGCGUCCUGGAGGCAUGUGUCUGCCGAACGGGGCUGCGGAGUUAAUUGGGAGUCUGCGGAUGCAAUGUUAGCAAUAUGGCAGCCGUAACAGGGAGAUUUACAGGCCUGCUCCAGCCCAAGCAUGCGCUUUCAUAGGCGUGAAAUGAAGUACAACACACAAGCGCGUUCCUCUAAUCACGGGUUAAGGGUGUGGUAACAUGCGCACGAAUCUUGAUGGACAAGAGUGGGGAAAAAACGGCUUUGUUAUAUGCUCAAAUGUUGCUUUUCCAAGUGACGUUAAGUCCUCUCUUUCUCUGUGUGUUGUUUGUUUGUCUGUAUAUGAAUGUGUGUGUGUGUCUGUGUGUGUGUGUUUGUAUGUCUGUGUCUGUCUGUGUGUGUAUGUGUGUGUGUCUGUUCAAGUGUAGACGUAACUAACUGAUUUCAUCAAUACUUAACCACCAGCCAACCAGCUCUCUGCCUGGUCAGAUGCAGUUCGGUGCGUUGGGGGGGGAAAAGGAUGGAAGCUGUAAUGUAUCUGUGCAAUGAAAGUUCUCAGUGUGUCUGAGAACUGUUCCUUAUAUAGUACAGUAUUACUUAUUUAAAUGGUUGCCUUUCAGACCACCCUUGUGGAUCUGACCUGAAAAAAAAAAGUCUCUGACAGAUGCCAGAGGGCUGUAUGACUGAAGCAGCAAUUCAGCUUCGUUACUAAUUCAUCAGUCUUCGAAAAACACCAGUGCGUUCCAGCGCUGCUCCAGUUGUUCCACUGCAGCUGGUUACACUGGGACCUGAUCAACCUGAAACCCAUACCUGAAAAACAGUUUACCAAGGUCAGCUCUUAAGGAUUGUGUUGACGGCAUCGGCCAACAGUUUAAAAGUUCCCCAUAGGUGCUGGUUGGAAUGUGUUCAUCCGUCCUUGUGUUACUGUAGAGUUAGUAGUUAGGGCCUAUUCAGUGAUGCUAAUCAGUUACUCGGAGCAAAAUAGUUAUCUGGCUUGCAUGCGCUGUUUGUGUUGCUGUGUUCCUUUGUCCAUGUGUGGUUGUCCCCCCGCGUUGCCCCCACCUCACCGCCCCCCGCAUGUGUGCUCUCACCUGCCGCUUGAGUUAAGCCUUGCGUCACCUUCGCCCAUGAACGACUGAGGGGGUGAGAGCAUAAUCCAAUUUUUCCCUCCACAGCGAUGAGCGAAAGUCAUCACUUUUAUGCCUACGGGACAACACUGGGCAGUAGGUAACCAAAGAAGGAGAAUGUCUCGAAGGGUUCUAAUGGAAGAUGAAUAAGAAUAAAAAUAUAACAAAUAGGUUAUUUAGGAGACUGAGAUACUGCCAUCCAUGUUCCAUUUUAGUGGUCAUUAAUCUUUGCCAAUACGUUACAACACAUCUUCAGGUAACCAUUGGCCUUAUAGAUGUCCUCUGAUAUUAGACUAUUGUAUGUAUUUCAAACAUAAAGAUACAGAGUAGCUUAUAGUCUGUCAUAUAUAUCAAAUCUCAAAUGUAAUGUAUGUUGUGUCUUUUGGCACUUUAUGGUGGACCUAUCACUGCAUAGGUUAAAUUUCUAAUUACUUGGGUAAUGUCAUAUAUUUCUGUGUUCGAUGUGAGGUACGUCUGCCUAUGGAUACAGACUCGUACCUCCAACAGACCAUGACAUUCUUUGGUUUUAAAAUAGAGUAUUAAUAUAUAAUGAAAAAAGUUUUAAAUGAUGUGCCAGAAAAAUAAAGUUAUCAUAUAUGUGAAAUGCAUAGUUUAUUUUAAAUGUCAUUAAUUAUUGAGGCCCUACCUCAGAUUUUCUAUUUAUG